AUGAGCGCAUUUGUGUUCGGGUUUCGCGAUUUUGGGCUUUCUGGGACUAGCAUUGCUGCUCAGAUUUAUCCCCCAUGUGAUGAGAUAUUCAGGCCAAUCAUCACUGAAGGCAAGGUGUACUACAUUAAGUACUUCCGUGUGAGGAAGUGUAACAGGCAGUACAAACCAGUCGACAACUGCAUGUCCAUCUAUUUCACAAGCAAUGCAAUCUUGAAUGUGGCGCUUUGGGGGGAACGUGCAACAAGCUUUCCUGUCGAUGAGGUGUUUGUUGCUGGUCAGAAAGAACCACAGAUAGUAAUCUUCGUUGGCACCCUUGUGAAGGGCUAUGACACACCUGAGGUCAUCUCUCUGAGAAACAGCAUCCAAGCAACCUAUAGUCCUAUAGAGUGGACUGAUCUACCUCCUGCAGCACCUGCUUAUAGCAAUGCUGAGCCCAAGACGAUUAUCCAAAUUAAGGAUCUGAAUCCUUUCGAAUUCAAGAAACAUGAAUUCUUGGUUACUGUUGUCAUCAAGAAAAUAGACAUGGAGUACUCUUGGUGGUACACUGCAUGUGAUAUAUGCAGGAGAACAGCAAGGCCAUAUGGAAACACAUACAAGUGCCAGAAUGAGUCAUGCCCUCCUCUUGUGGGAGCAUCACCUAGGUUCAAGCUUAGCGUUGUGGCAGGUGAUGACACAGCUGACGCUAAGUUCGUGCUCUUUGGCCGCCUAGCACAGCGUCUUAUUGGUCGAUCAGUGGAGAUUCUGUUAGAGGGCAACGCUGCCGGCAAGGAGGCCAUACCCAAGGAGAUCACAAAUUUGCUUGAGGAAAAUUUCACCUGGAAAGUUGCUAUUACCGAGAAUACCAUGUCUUCAGGCAAUGUCUCAUUCCAAGUGAAUAUGAUUGUCGGAAACGGCAACAGCCAGAAUCCUGCCAUCCCACAAUCUCCAUCUGCAUCUCAGGCAUCCUCCAUGGUACCUUCUCUAGCUCUAUCACCAAGUGUAACACAUGAACUCUCUGUUGGCCAGUCCACAGCAGCAUUUGCUCCAUCCAUUGGAUUCAGUGAUCCGCCUGCCACUCCAUCGGCUGGAUUAAACAGUCCGUUGGUUGUUGGAGCCAAGGACAAAAAUGAUGAUGUUGAAUGCCAGUCCAAGACUCCAGUUCAGGUCCUUGACGAAGAAGAUGAGGAUGAUGACAAUUUGCCCCUUUCCCAAAUGGGUGGUCAUUCUGCUACUAAGAAAACCACAUCCAAGUCCCACAACAAAAGGGCAAGGCCAUCUCCUGGCACUGGCACAGCUAAGAAGUUGUUCAAAGAAAGUGGUGACGAUACCGCUGAUGGCAGCGGCGAGAACAAGGCCUGAUGCAGCAAAGGAAUGUGUACGCUUUUGUUUUGCACAGUUGUAUCAGACUCGGCAUCGGUCUCAUGCUCUGCUUGCAUGGGUACCUUAACCAAGCUUCUUUAGAACCACUCUACAGUGUUUCGUUGGUUAAUAUUGUGCCAUGCAUUUACAAACUGUGCUAUUUUGUCGCUCGCUAUAGACCUUUGAGCAUGGUUGUAGCUAGACGCUUCCUUUUGUAAAGACUUAACAGCGACCCUACGCAUUAUGUGGCUAGGAUUCUAUGUUAUCAUGCAUAGCACAUGAUAAACACGAAUGCUUGCUGCUGUACCCAGUAUGAUGUUACUUACGCAAUAGUAGCUCUGUGUUUCGGGAUACAUAUA